GAAGAUAGACAGAGGUGGAGAGGAGGAGAGAGGGAAAGAGAGAUUCUGUCUUCCAACUGUAGUAUUAAAACAACAUUUCUGAGCAAUAAUUUGGAGGAACUGCAAUGACAUUUUGGCUCAAUUUGUACACUGAGAAGUCGAGACAUUUUGUGGACUCAACGCUUGUCUUUUUGAAAAAACCUUUAACCUUCGUUUAUCUCCUACCUAAAAUCUAAAACUCACACACGGGCAGGGGUUGAGAGACACAUCCAGACUGAGUUGACUCACCUGCUCUGGAAUUUCCAGCGGAUUGUGUUUCGCUUCUUGCUGAGCUGAUUCAAACAUUCGGAAACUUCUUAUUCUCUCUUUUCUGUCUCUGGUGCUGAACGGACAGUGGCUGUGGCACGGGAAGAAAAAAGGAGUCCAGCGCCGAAGGAGAGCUGUCCGGUGCUGAAACCACGAGCCCGACCAGGAGCAGGCGAAGAACUGCUCUGAGAAGCUGUCAAGUCUUUAUAUUUUGAAGAAACGGAAUAAAUCAAAUUAAAAAAGAAACAGCAUAGCCAAAACUGGAGCUGAUACAAAUAUUUUUAACCUCUCAGAACUCUACAGGUCUUCCAGUGGAGUGCAAAACAGACUAGGAGCACUAAACAAACCGCUCUCUGAAUUUGACGAAUCUGAGAUUUUAGGUAUGCUGGAAAACAUGAGGAGCGAUUGGUUUGUGUGAUCUUUAAAAGCCAUGUCUUCUUUCUUGAUUGGAGGGACUGAAUGCACCUUUAGUAGCUGAAACCAGUUUACUAUUAUUAAAACCAAGGGGAUACGAGUUUCAGAUAUAGGUUUUAAUCGAGUUUGAAGUGAAGUCAGAAGGAAAGUGUGUUUUUAUUGCAUAAGUAAAGGAACAACUACUGUCCCAUCAUGCCUCGCUCUUUCCUGGUGAAGAAAGUCAAAUUGGACGAUUUUUCAGCUGCACAGCUGGAGAGCUCAUAUAGUCACAGAAGAGAAGCCCUCAGUCUGCGAUUCCAUCAUCAUGACAAAGGCUAUGUCAGCGAUUACCUUAGUCCUUCCCCAUAUGAUGUUAUGGCGGGAAGUGACUCACCUGUCAUCACCAAAGUCGCCUCCCCUGUCCAUCCGUCAAUCAUCUAUAGCCACAUCGAGGACACCUAUUCUGGUAUCCAUGGUGAUGUCCACGGCGACUCGGACCAGCCGGACAGCCCACGAUCAGAAGUUUCCUCAUCAGCAGGUGGAUACAUCAACGGGGACUCAGCGGAGAGCGAGGGGUUCACAGUGGAUGCGUUUUUCAUCAUGGACGGACGAUCACGGAGGAAAUCCACAGGAAACCCCAAAGGAGCCAUUCAGAGGCACUCCUGCAGCGAGUGUGGCAAAACCUACGCCACAUCCUCCAACCUGAGCCGCCACAAGCAGACGCACAGAAGCAUAGACAGCAAGAUGGCCAAGAAGUGCCCCACAUGUGGGAAAGUCUACGUGUCCAUGCCAGCCAUGGCCAUGCACCUGCUGACCCAUGACCUCAAGCACAAGUGCGACGUGUGCAGCAAAGCGUUCAGCCGGCCGUGGCUGCUGCAGGGCCACAUGCGCUCACACACGGGUGAGAAGCCAUUUGGGUGUGCACACUGUGGCAAAGCGUUCGCUGACCGGUCAAACCUGCGCGCUCACAUGCAGACGCACUCGGCCUUCAAGCACUACAAGUGUAAACGGUGUGACAAGACGUUUGCACUAAAGAGUUACCUGAACAAGCACUAUGAGUCUGCGUGCUUCAAAGGGGCUUUCUCCCCUAUGAGCUCACUGAGUGAAUGAUUGAUUCACAAAGGUUGACUUUUGUUGAUUUAUAUCAGAUUUUGCUGGCCUCACACUCUACUUUGUGUUCUUGUCCAAAAAGAGUCUUCUCUGCAAGGAUCAUGAGGCAAAAGACAAGAACAGAUGGAGGACAUGUCCAUUUUUAUCAAAACCCUUCAAUACCUCCUGUCUCCUUUUUUGGAAGUGAGGUAACAAGUUUUUCGAUGCUUAAUUCAGAUCGCCACAUGCUUUGAUGAGAUACGUCCACUUUUGAGGCUGUUUUGAGUAUCUGUUGGAUAAAUGAAGCACAGUACAUCAAGCUCAUCACUUUUGAAGACACCUAGAUCUAUUUAUGUCCAUAUCUAUCCUCGUACCACUUCUUUUUUUCAACCCAUUACGAAUCAACACUGAAGCACAAUUCCCCUCCCAUCGCUGUCUUUCUGUGACAGGACUAUCACGUAUAGCAUGAAUCACAUCUUCAGUUUUCUUGCAAAGAGAUUCAAAAACUUUCAAAUUUACUAUUUUUUAAAGACAAUUAAAACAAAAGCACUCAUAAUCUAAGGAUAAAGAUGUUAUCCUGCUUUUGAAAAACUGACUUUGAACUGAACUUAUAAAGAGAUAAAGCAUCUAAAAACAAAGAAAGCACACUGCAUUUGUUUUCUGCAAGUUAGCAAAAUACUUGUGAAGCUUUUAAUUUACACUAGUGACAUGCUUUGCCUACUGUAUACUGUGUUGGCCACUGACACAUUUACACUGAACUCUGAUCUUUUACAAAUCUUCCCUAACAUGGCAUGGAAAGGUACACCUUUGGAGUGGGAAAACAAUCUUUAUGGUGAUUUUCUUUAAACCAAUGUCUUAAGUGGAUGGACAGAUAUACAACAUAUUUUUAAGUUAUCUUUCUGGCAUUUGUGCUUUACUUGACAGUAACCUGUGGAAAGUAUACGGGAAUAGUAACAAACAAUGUUUUCAUACAACCUAAAUAUGUUAUUUAUUUUUACAUGUCAAUGUCAGAUGAGGAUCAAGACAUUUGAAAUGUCAUAAUUUUCCCUCAAAAAGGUUCAACCUUUUCUCAAGUGUUGUGAAAAAGUGUUUUUGUUGCCAGUCGGCCACACAGUGUUCAUCUUUGGGUCUUUUUUAAGUGUCUAUUUAUUGCCUAAUUUAUUUUUGUUUUUGUAAAUAUAUUGAUUUUGCACCUUUGUUAUAUUUUUCCUUUGUUACAAAUAUGCCAAAGCAUUUGACACUUUCUAAUUACCGAAUACCUUUUUACUUUUGUCCGCCACUUUAAUUAUAAAAACUACUGCAUGCAAAAAAUAACAAUAGCCUAAUAAUGGAAUCUAUGCCAAUUUUAUGAAUCUUUGGGACAUUUUGCCAAACCUCUUAGAUAACAGGCAAAUUGAGCAUAUUUCUGUCUUGGGCAAUAUUUCAUUCAUAUCCAAUAGAGCAAUAAUGCAUGAUAUUUUUGAAGAGACGUGAGUCAUAACUGCUUGUAACAUCUUGAUUUUUUCAAGUACCACUAUUCUAUGUAGUUAUGAGAAAUGAAAUUUCAGGGAGUUAGCAAACCAAGUUAGUGUUAAAUAUGGAGGGUUGGGUUGAAAGCUCUGUAUUUGGAGGGAUUGUGACACUGUUGUGAUUCCUUGAGGCUUCCCCCAGUGAUUUCUCUAAUGGUGAAGUGUUUCGAACAGAUCAAAUUAACAAGAGAGUAGGUUUUCCAAUCUCUACUGAUUAGUAUGUAAUAUUAUCUAAAACAAUAAUUCUAUCUCAGCAUCAUUACCUUGUUGACAUGUCUGUGUAAGCAUUAGGAGCUGUUGGUGCUUCCAGGGAUUCACACAGAUGGUACGACUCCUUCGGUUGGAGGGCUCUGGGUUGGGUCGGGACGGGUCUUUUUGUACAUGGUUUAUGCACUGCCUGCCUCGUAUUAUUAUUCUAAAAUAUUGUAGAAAGUAGAAAGUAAUACCGUAGUCCUCUGGUGCUGAAACAUGGAUGAAAACACAAACCCAGAACAAGGACGACUGAGAGUUGUGGUACUUUCUAUGUUCUUGGUUUGAGUUUUGAAUAGGUGGAAAACAACUUUACAGCAGCUUUGGUGCUGAACAUGGGGCUAUUUGGUCCUCCGUGGUCUAUAAGCCAAAUUUAAUCACAAAUACAUAAUUAAUUUCCUUCUAUGAGUUGGUCCAUUAAACUCUCUUCUCAGAUUGAAUCCUAUCAAAAGAUCAGUCUUGCUCCUUGCCUCUACAUAAGAUAUUAAUUCACAAACUCUACAUGAGGACACAUGAGGAGCAAAUAAGACUGAAUUGCCUGCAAAGUGUCAGGUUGUUUCUCUUUCCAUCAUCUCUGGCUGUUGUGAGGUUGUCGUGGCAAUCCCCAAUGAAAUUAAAAUGAUUGUUGAGGAAGAAAAUAAGACAUUUUGUCAAUAUUUCAGCACCAGAGUGCAUCGGCAAACACUUAGAUUCUACUAUGAACUACUGUAGCCUACUAUAGCCACAAGCUAGUUUACCUAUUCUUAUAUAAAAGCACUUCCUGUUACGAAUUAUAUCUUACAACUUUUUUUGUUCAAAGAUAGUAGCACAAUGAAAGAAUUUAGAUUCAGGUAGACAAUGCCUUGUAUGUAGAAAUAACAACCUCUUUCUCCUUUUUCUACAACGAUGAAUCAAAGGUAUCAACAACAACAAAGAUGCUGAAAUAUCACACGCUGUGUUGUCCUUAAGUUACAGAUGAGAAUAUGCCUAAAAGUGACACAUGGUGUAAAUGAACUUCUUUAAUACACAUUGUGUCAUUUUUUAACAUAUUUGUGUGAGAGCGUCUUCACCACACCUUUUUUAAGAGUGAAUGAAAACUCGACUGUGGCAAGAGGCCUUGUAAAUAAGCACUGAUGUGACUUUGGAGUCAAAUUAUUUCUACAGAUCUGUAUAGAGUGACAGUGAUGCAGAUGAUGAUGAUGAUGAUGAUGAUGAUGAUGAUGAUGAUGAUGAUGAUGAGGAUGAUGAUGGUGAUGAGGAUGAUGAUGAUGAUGAGGAUAUUGAAAUUCUCUGGAGCUUCCUUCUUUGUUUUGAGUUCUUCCUCUGAGGUUUUUUUUGGACCUCCAGUGGCAGUUUUAAACAAUGUAAAGCACAAAGACAACACUGGGCAUU